AUGAAGUUCUCACUUGUUUUGAUGCCCUUGAUGCUGCUCGGGGAUGUCGUCUCCGCGCAGAGCAGUUUGAACGACAUCUGCACUGGGAGCGCCAACUCAGGCUGCAAGGCGACUAUCACGGUACCCAACGGCUUCAAGGUCAUUACGAAGAAAAAGACGUUCACAAAGGACAACCCGUGCAAGACCAAGAAGACGAUCACCGUCAAAUGUCCCACAAAGGCAAAUCCCAAAAAGACAUGCAAAAAACAAGCAUGCGUAAAGGGCAAGGAUGUCUGGACCAAGAACGUCCCCACGAGCCUUCAGAUCACCUACGUCAAGAUCAACGUCUGCAACAAGAUCCGUCAAGUCCUCGGCAAGACCCUCGGCGACAAGUUCCUCAAGGCCAGAGAUCCCAUCUGCAACUGCUUCAGCAAGCUGCGCACCUUGAACAGUCAGGGCAAGUUUACGUCUUCUUCGGCGGGUAACUUUGACUUGGGCAACAACUACUACCUCGACCAGGCUCAGGAUUUGCAAAAGUGUAACACCAAUGGAGGUCUCAAGUAUGGGCAUAACAGGGUGGCCACCGUGAACAAACUCAAGGUAAACGGCUGGACUGUCGCCUUUGGCACUGAUCUGGAGCUUCCGACUUUCCGAGCCAUGAUUUCCGUGAUCCACCCCUGCCGUGCUACGGGCGUCUGCGACUCCAGCCUAAUUUACGCCGUCUUCAACAACUACCUCAUCGCCUCAUACCGAAUCCUCCUCGGCCCCAUCAUCCCCGUCACGAACCGCUGGCGAGAUAAUCUCGCUGGUCUUGAAAGGAGCACUGGUUACGUUCUGAAUCAAACAGACAAUGUUUCUGAAGCCUUCUACGACAUCCAGUCAACCCUCAACAACUACAGACACUACAUUUGCGGCGAGCUCAACUACUGUGAGGGCAAUCGUUUCCAUAUCAACAAGUUCAUGGGAAAUGUCGACAAUGUGAUGAGUAUGACUUACAGCCUCAUCCAGGCCAGCCAGCCCCUUGCUAGCCACAACGCCAAGGUCACUAGUCUAUUGGGCGACGUGAACACACUCAGGUCAAACUGGGCCAAGGUCCCAACAGCCACCGAGAUGGUCGACAGGAUCAAGAACAACGAGAUAAAGGUUGCCAAGGACGUUUUCAAGUUCAUGCCCAUCGUGCAGGGAAUGUCAACCACUGCCAAGAAGGUCACUACUGAGCUUGGCCCUCUGAAGUCGUUUGUCAACCAAUAUCUUGCGGAUUCAGAGAACCUCCAUGAUCUUAUCACCAGCAUGUUGGCGAUUGACUGGAGGAAGGACCACCAGGAAGAGUUUGGCAACGACCAAUACGGCGUCUAUGUGCGCAACGGGCUCAUCUCCAUCCAGAACAACCUCAACGAGGCCCUAGCCGAGGCCGUCAAGGUCUACUUCUGGCUUAUCCGGGCUGUCGACUAUCAGCUCGAGGACUUUACUCUUACAAAUGGCCGCUGGAGAAUGGAGACUGGCACCACGCCUUACCAGCGAUGGACGACUCUCCACAUGGACAUGCCCUGCACAAAGAUCACCAAGACUCCGUACAAGAGCAACGGCCUGAGCAAGUUGUCCAACUCUCACCGGGUCUACUGGAAGUGUCCCUUCGGACCUCAUGACACUCAUUACCCCAUGGUUCACGUUCCCUACAUGAGGAUGUACGAAUGA